AUGGGACGCAGGAAGAUGAACAUGAAGGCCACCUUUUCAAAGCGCCGCAAGGGUUUGUUUCGUGAAGCCGCUAACGUUAGCUCCUCGUCUGGUUCCGAGAUGGUUGUAAUCGUCCUUUCCUCGGAAAACAAGCCCUAUGUCUUUGGUAACCCCUCCGUGGACUCUGUCUUAGAUCGCUUUCUUAGCGAACAAGAUUCUUAUGAUGAUCAUGAAGGCAAUCAGGAGGAAGAUGAUAUAGAUGUGGAAAAGCUCCAGGUCUUGUUGGAUAAGCAUAAGCCUAACAAGCACGCCGGAGUGGAUGAACUAAAGAAAUAUAAGGCUUACGUAGAAGGUAUCAAAAAGAGGGUGGAGCGUAAGAUGGAUUCAUUGGGUAUCAAGUUGGAUAAUAGUUCAGAGAUUGGUUAUGCUAGAGAAGAAAGAGAUCAAUAA